CUCUAGCCAUAACUUUUUAUUGAGAAUGCAUACCAUGUAUUUGCUUAUUACAUGGUUAAGUAGCCACCUUAUUCUUCAAUAACACAAAAUUCACCACUGAAAAGAAACAGUUUGAAAGAAUGAAUAUGUUUAGAUUGGAUACCUGCACUGGCUUGGAUAUUGAAGUGUAUGUAAACUUUCAGAUGAAUCAAGAUAGAGGUAUAUGUCAGAGCUGAAAGAACUUUGUUGUUUAUUAUAGUUGGUUUAGAUCUCUUAUAUGCAUUUACAUGAGAACUCCAGAGUGUCUUGGGAAAGUACAGAAAUUAGACCAUAGAUGCAGGAAAAUCCCUUCACUCACUAAGGACUCAAAUAUAAUCAAUACUAAUGUACUAGCAAUAAUUAUAAAGUGUAGGAAAAUACUCUUUCCAUAGCAUUUUAUUCUCCACGUGCUGCAAAUUAAAUUACAGACAUAUGCAUCUAAUAUUAAACUACUUUUGUACAGUGCUUUCCUCUUUGACACGCUAUUUAGAGUUUCUUAAAGUGACGAACUGUUUGUUUUGAAAUAUAUAUAUUUUUGCUGCCACAUUCAACUCACUAAGCUAUCAAAAUGCAUCUUUCUCACCCAUGUUUGCUAUGACACACUGGAAUAUUAAUCCCAAGAGGAAUAUCAAUAAAUUCCUCCUCCAGAAUAGCAAGUAUUAAAAGGCUCAACAGUGGAGAAGUGAAAAAUCCAUACAGGCAAGUCCAUAACGGUAAGAUCCUAUACUUGAAGUGUCAGAGGCAUUGAAACCAGAGUGACUCCAUCUUGAAUAGCAACUGGGUAAAAUAAGGCUAAGACCUACUGGGCUGCAUUCCCAGGAGGUUAGUAUGCUAAGUCACAAAACAAAACAGGAGGCUGACACAAGAUUCAGGUCAUAAAGAACUUGAUGAUAAAACAGGAUGCAGCAAAGAAGCUGGCCAAAACCCACCAAAACCAAGACGGCAAUGAAAGUGACCUCUAGUCAUCCUCACUGCUCAUUAUAUGCUAAUUAGAAUACAUUAGCAUGCUAAAAAACACCCUUCCCAGUGCCAUGACCGUUUGCAAAUGUCAUGGCAACAUCGGAAAGUUACCCUAUAUGGUCUAAAAAGGGGAGGAACCUUCAUUUGUUGGAAUUGCCACCCCUUUCCCGGAAUACUCAGGAAUAAUCCACCCCUUGUUUAGUAUAUAAUCAAGAAAUAACUAUAAAAAUAGCCAACCAGCCGCCCUAGGGGCUGCUCUGCCUAUGGAAUAGCCAUUUUAAAAAUUUCUUUACUUUCUUAAUAAACUUGCUUUCACUUCACUCUGUGGACUUGCCCCAAAUUCUCCCUUGUGUGAGAUGCAAGAACCCUGUCUUGGAGUCUGGAUCAGCACCCCCUUUCUGGUAACAGAAAGAAGACCCUAUACUGUAAAGCCUAAAAAUAAAUAAAUAGGUAUUUAAAAUAAAAACCUGUAGAAUCAAGAUUCUUUGGCAGGAUUUGGCAACUUUUCUGAGGUGACUGGCUUUUUAGAACCAAGAUAAAUUGCAUAGGGUGAGGGUUGCGGAGGGAAAAGUCAGAGAACAAAAUCGAAAGUACUACUCUCAGACGUUAACAUGCACACAAAUCCCAGAGGAUCUUGUUAUAACGCAGGUUCUGAUUGAGUUGGUCAAGGGUGGGAUGGCCUGAGAUUACCUCUUUUUUUUUUUUUUUUGAGAUGGAGUCUUGCUCUGUUGCCCAGGCUGGAGUGCAGUGGUGUGAUCUUGGCUCACUGCAACCUCCGCCUCCCAGGUUCAAGCGAUUCUCCUGCCUCAGCUUCCCUAGUAGCUGGGACUACAGGCGUAUGCCACCAUGCCCGGCUAAUUUUUGUAUUUUUAGUAGAGAAGGGGUUUUACCAUGUUGGCCACACUAGUCUCAAACUCCUGACCUCGUGAUCUGCCCGCCUUGGCCCCCGAAAAUGCUGGGAUUACAGGCGUGAGCCACCAUGCCCGGCGAGAUUAUGCAUUUCUAUUAAGCUCCCAGGUGCUGCUGAUGCUAUGAGUCUAUGGACAACUCUUUGUAGCAAAAAUCUAAGGUAAAGAAUUUCCAAAGAAAGUCCGAGUGUGGCAGGCCAGGUCUCACUAACGUGGUGCUCCAUGACAACUGAUUCAGCACUGACUGAGUGGUUAAGUUAAAUACUAAAAGCUGAAAGAGCCAGAGUGCUUAUACAAAGGGUGGAAUGUAACAAAAGUCCACCAAGAGUUUUGCUUACGUCUUUCAUGGGUCUUGAAGCAUGACAAGGUAACAAAGGAAUUCUUAACAGGACCCAUUUAGGGUUAAACAAAUUUUAUUGAGAGUCUGAAGACACUCCCUAGGCCUCCACAAACAAGUUUACUGGGGGUCUGGAGGAACUCCCCAAACCUCCAUGAUUUAACAGGAGACAAGAUAAGGGUAAUCACCCUAGCACCUGGACCCAUUAGAUUAAGUACAUUUAUUGAGGCUCCAGAGGAAGGUCUUCAGGACUCAGACCUGUUAUAGAUGGAAAGAAGUGAAUCAUUUAUGUCUUUUUUUUUUUUAGCAGUAAAACAAACCAUUUAUUACUGCAUAUGUGUUAUAUUAAAUUUACACAAUGAUAUAUAAGAACACAUACUGUUUAUAUUAUAUAGUAAUUUAACAUUAACAGGAAUAUCAACACAAGUACUACUCAUGCACAAAACAUGCAUAAAGCAAUUUUACACAAUACUGUUUACCAAAAUUUUUUUCUUAAAAAAACAGCCCUUCCACAUAGGAUCAGCGGUCCAAUCUGGACUGGAUUGCACUAAUAUGUUCAGGUCAAUGCUUCGGUGGCAUAGCGCUCAGUGAGCAAUUCUGGGAUUGGAGUCAUGCCCAAGGGUUACUUCAUUAAUAGCGAAUGUCUCUGUGCCCAAGGACCAAAAUUUUAUCCCAAAACUAAAUCCUCCAAGGAAUGAAAGGUUGGACUGGCUACAAAUCAGGGAGGGAAAAGAAGGCAUCAAAAUGUUGGAUAAACGGCCCCAGAAGGGGUUAUUAGGCACAGGGCCUAGGCACCAAGUGUGGCAAAAGUUUUUGUGAAUCCUUUUAAGGUCCCUAUCCAGGAUGCCAUCUCUGGAUUUAAGGUCUGGCCUCCAAGUCAUGAGUCUAGUAAAAAGAACAGUUCUGAGAAUAAAACCGAAUGGGGAUACAUCUGAGAAAUGUAGACUAUAUAAAAAACUAUAGAAUACAAUGACUGCCCCUCAUACCUACUUCACACUAUUGUAUGUGGUGCCCCUCGACAGGAAAACCCUCAUGGAGGCACUGCCCUGAAGACUCAAGGAGCAAAUAUAAAUCCAAAAAUUCCAUCCACUUGACCUUGGGAUCAAAAGAUCUUAUCCCAAUAAAACUUGAACAUCAAAACCUGUACCUUGCCGGAUGCUCAGAAAGUUUAAAAUAAAAAACAGCUGGUACCACAAAACUCACUGUCACCACCAUUAAAACCUCAAUAUUUACUUCUAACUAGCAAAACGUUCUUUACCUUCCAUUAAAGGCACUAGCGUCCAUACGUGAAGAUGAAACAAUAAUUUACCUCGGUUUUAUAUUUUUUAAAAAAGCAUUCCAUUAAAGUAUUAUACAAAAAUGAAAGCACCACCUUUUUUAUUUUGGCAACUAGGGAGAAGAAAAAAAAAGACGCUUUCUACACCAAAGAUGUCACUCUAACCGUCGUCAUCAGUUUCAAAGAGCCAGACCGAAAGCGGAGGAUCUUCUUUUUGAGGUUAUGUGAGGCCUUAAUUUUGACAAAGGUUUUGGCGGGGUAGUUGUGAAGGUCUGGGGCCAUUACCGUUUGAAUGGGCAGAGUCUGGACAAACUGGUUCCACCGGGGCCACAGGAACGUGGGCUUCGCGAAGAGCUCCAGCCUGAAGCACCGCGGCCCAGCCCUCCAGGGGCUGGAGAACGGCUUGCCCACCGUCAGGGAGAAAACGCGGGCCGGGAGCAAGAAGUGUCGCUUCCUGGAUGACUUGGAUACAAAUAAGAAACUCAAGAAAGCCUCCUCUAAGGGGAGGAAAAGCGGGGGCAGGCCCGAGGCUAGUCUUCCCGGCAGGCCCGCGGGCGGGGGCCACAGGUCAGGGAGCAGGGCGCAUGGCCACGGACGGGAGGCGGUGGUGGCCAAACCUAAGCACAAGCGAACUGACUACCCGCGGUGGAAGUCUUCGGCCGGGAUUUCCUACGAAGAGGUCCUGAGGAGGGCCCGGCGGGGUCGCCGGGAGAAUGUGGGGCUGUACCCCGGCCCCGUGCCUCUGCCUUACGCCAGCCCCUACGCCUACGUGGCUAGUGACUCCCAGUACUCGGCCGAGUGCGAGUCCCUGUUCCACUCCACCGUGGUGGACACCAGUGAGGACGAGCAGAGCAAUUACACCACCAACUGCUUCGGGGACAGCGAGUCGAGGGUUCUCAAGGAAAUGCUUGCUGAAGACUGCAUACAUUGAAAAGGCCAGAGAGUGGCACCGUGGAGAACCAAGCUUGGUGACGCCCUCAAGACCCAGUGCUGCCAGUUGCUGCUGAUUCACUUCUCCAUCCACAGUCUGACAAGUGCAAGAUCAAGGCACUGGAAGAUUCAUUAUCAAGUGAAGGCUCAUUUCUUGGUUCAUAGAAGGCAUCUCCUUGCUGCAUCCUCAUAUGAUGGAAGAGGCAAACAACCUCCCUUGAGCCUCAUUUAAUAAGGACACUAAUACCAUGUGUGAGGGCUCCACCUUCAUUACAUACUCACCUCUCAAAAACCCACCUCUUAGUACCAUCCCCAUAAGAGAUAGAAUUUCAGCCUAUGAAUUUUAGAGGGCAGAAACGUUCAGACUACAGCACUAUGCCUUCAUUUUGGGAGCCCAAAUCUUUCUAGUGGGAUUCUUGAAUUUUAAAAUGAGCAGAGUUAUUGAUACUAUGUUUCUGUAACUUGAUUCUCUUACCAUCUCACUUUCCAAUUCUGUUAUAAUGACGAGUACAGAAAAAGCACUCAGAAAAUUUGCUUUUGCAUCUUUGACAUACAAGAAAUGUAGGGUCAAAAAGUCUUAAGAGUCAAUAUUUGAAGGCUAUUAUACAUUUCCCUUAAAUAAGAGGUAAUGGCUUCUGAAUAAAUGUUUUUACAGAACAUCUAUUUUUUCUUAUGGUUUACUGAUACAAUAAGUUUGGUCUAAAAGGGAGCAAUAGGUUGAUCCUAUGAUCAACCAAAAUUAUAGAAUUUACAUUAUCCAAAAGCUAAAAUUCCAGAAGAUAUUACAUACCAAUUUAUAUAUGGGAAGCCAAAAGUAUUGUUCAGAUUUAUGCCUUCUUGAUUGUUAGUGUAAAUCACAGAUAAAUAUCUGUGUCAUCUGAAAUUGAUUUUCAAAACAAUCUUGCUAUUAUUUAUUAAGUCAUGGGUCAACCCAAGUCAAAACAUUAGUAGAAAAAGUGUUCUUAUUUAUGUUAAUGACUACAAAAAUCAUUGAAUAUCUUUUAAAGUUUUCAAAAUGUCUCCUAAAAUAGACCUAUUUAAGCAAUUCAUUUUUAAUUGAGAAUUUUACACAAUUAUAGAGGUACACUUAUCACAACUUUAGUUCUGCUAAAUAGGAUAAUAAUUUAUUUAAUUUUCUAUUAAAGGGGAAAAUAAUCCAUAUCUCACAGGGUUCUAUAAGGAUAAAUUGAGUAGUUUAUGGGGAAGCACUUAAAUGUUGCUGAUAUGCUUGGCUGUGUCCCAACCCAAAUCUGACCCUGAAUUAUAAUAAUCCCCAUGUGUCAAAGGUGGAGAUAAUUGAAUCAUGGGGGCAGUUUCCCCCAUACUGUUCUUGUGGUAGUGAAUAAGUCUCACUAGAGUUGAUUGUUUUAUAAUGGGCAGUUCCACUGCACAUGCGCUCUUGCCUGCCAGCCUGCCACCAUGUAAGACAUGCCUUUGCUCCUCCUUCGCUUUCUGCCAUGAUUGUGAGGCCUCCCCAGCCAUGUUGAACUGUGAGUCCAUUAAACCUCUUUACUUUAUAAAUUACUCAGUCCUAGGUAUGUCUUUAUAAGCAGCAUGAAAACAAACUAAUACAGUAAAUUGGUACCCACAGAGUGGGGUGCUGCUCUAAAGAUAGCCAAAAAUGUGGAAGUGACUUUGGAACUGAGUAACAGGCAGAGGUUGGAACAGUUUGGAGGGCUCAGAAGAAAACAAGAAAAUGUGAGAAAGUUUGCAACUUCCUAGAGACUUGUUGAAUGGCUUUAACCAAAAUGCUGAUAAUGAUAUGGACAAUGAAAUCCAGGCUGAUGUGAUCUCAGAUGGAGAUGAGGAACUUGUUGGGAGCUGGAUUAAAGAUGACUCUUGCUAUGUUUUAGCAAAAAGACUGGCAGCAUUUUGCCCCUGCCCUAGAAAUUUGUGGAACUUUGAACUUGAGAGAGAUGAUUUAGGGUAUCAGACAGAAGAAAUUUCUAAGCAGCAAAGCAUUCAAGCAGUGACUUGGGUGCAGUUAAAAGCACUCAGUUUUAAAAAAGAAACAGCAUAAAAGUUCAGAAAAUUUGUAGUCUGAUGAUGCAAUAGAAAAGAAAAACCCAUUUUCUAAGGAGAAAUUCAAGCUGGCUGCAGAAAUUUGCAUAAGUAACAAGGAGCCAAAUGUUAAUCACCAAGAUGGUGGGGAAAAUGUCUCCACAGCAUGUCAGAGACCUUUGUAGCAGCCCCUCCCAUCACAGGCCUGGAGGCCUAGGAGGGAAAAUGAUUUUGUGGGCCGAGCCCAGCACCCCCCUGGUGUGUGCAGCCUAGGGACUUGGUGCCCUGCAUCCCAGCCACUCUAGCCAUGGCUAAAAGGGGCCAAGGUACAGCUCAGGCCACGGCUUCAGAGGAUGCAAGCCCCAAGCCUUGGUGGCUUCCAUGUGGUGUUGAGCCUACCAGUACAGAGAAGUCAAGAAUUGAGGUUCAGGAACCUUUGCCAAGAUUUCAGAGGAUGUACAGAAAUGCCUAGAUGUCCAGGCUGAAGUUUGCUGCAGGGGAGAAGCCCUCAUGCGAAACCUCUGCUAGGGAAGUUUGGAAGGGAAAUUUGGGGUUGAAGCCCCAACACAGAGUCUCCACUGGGGCAUUGCCUAGUGGAGCUGUGAGGAAAGGGCGACUGUCCUCCAGACCGAAGAAUGGUCGAUCCACUGACAGCUUGCACCGUGCUCCUGGAAAAGUUUCAGACACUCAAUGCCAGCUCAUGAAAGCAGCUGGGAAGGAGGAUGUACCCUGCAAAGCCACAGGGGCAGAGCUGCCCAAGACCCUGGGAACCCACCUCUUGCAUCAGUGUGACCUUAAUGUGAGAAACAGAGUCAAAGUAGACCAUUUUGGAGCUUUAAGAUUUGACUGCCUUGUUGGAUUUUGGACUUGCAUAGGGUCUGUAGCCCCUUUGUUUUGGCCAAUUUCUCCCAUUUUAAAUUGGUGUAUUUACCCAAUGCCUGUAUCCCCAUUGUAUCUAGGAAGUAAUUGACUUGCUUUUGAUUUUACAGGCUCAUAGGCAGAAGGGACUUGCCUUAUCUCAGAUGAGACUUUGGACUAUGGAUUUUGAGUUAAUGCUGAAAUGAGUUAAGACUUUGAGGGUCUGUCGGGAAGCCAUGGUUGGUUUUGAAAUGUGAGGACAUCAGAUUCAGGAGGGGCCAAGGGCAAAAUGAUAUGAUUUGGCUGUGUCUCCACCCAAAUUUCACCUUGAAUUGUAAUAAAACCCAGGUGGAGAUAAUUGAGUAAUGCCCCAUCCAAUUCUCAUGGUAGUAAAUAAGUCUCAUGCAAGAUGAUGGUUUUAUAAAGGGCAGUUCCCCUGCACAUACACUCUUGCCUCCACCAUGUAAGAUGUGCCUUUGCUCCUCAUUUGCCUCCUGCCAUGAUUGUGAGGCCUCUCCAGCCAUGUGGAACUGUGAGUCCAUUAAACCUCUUUCCUUUAUAAAUUA